CCAGGUCCUGGCUCCAGAGCCUCAAACACCACCAUGAGUGGCGCCGAUGCCAUUGAGCCAAACCCGGAUCGGAAAAGUGGCACAAUACCCGAGGUUGAGGAGCUGGAGAAGGUUGAAGUCGUGGAAACUCCUCCUGAGCCAUCCGCGCUCUCUGGGGAGUCGGACCUGAAGGAAAUCUACCCGGAUACUCUCCAUUUUGCUCUAGCCACAGUUGCCCUAAUGGUAGCUGUGUUCCUGGUGGCAUUAGACGUUCACAUCCUUGCAACCGCGACUCCAAAGAUAACAACCGAGUUCGACAGCCUCCUUGACUUGACAUGGUAUGGAGGAGCAUAUCUUUUGACGCAAAUCGCCUUGCAGCCAACAUACGCUCGACUCUAUCAAGUGUUUCCAAUCAAACACAUUUUUGUCACCGCUACGAUCAUCCUGGAGGUGGGGAGUGUCAUAGCUGCGACUUCCACAUCAUCCCGUAUUCUGAUUGCGGGAAGAGCAAUCCAAGGAUCCGGGGCUGGAGGAAUCAUUGCAGGUGGACUUCUGAUGAUCAAUUAUCUGAUUCCUAAACCUAAACGCCCUGUUUAUCUUUCCAUCAUCGCAACUAUGUAUUCUGUUGCUGCGAUUGCCGGACCUGUCCUCGGUGGCGUCUUCGCGGAAUCGCGGGUAACGUGGCGCUUCUGCUUUUGGAUGAACCUUCCCAUUGGCUUUAUCACAGGUUCUAUGAUCAUUUUCGCAUUCCCGGAGCCGAAACGCGUUGCUACCGAACAGCCUCUCAAGAAGAAAAUAAUGACAUUGGAUCCUUUCGGAGCUAGUAUCCUCAUUUCUUGGGUAACAUGCCUCUUGCUGGCUUUACAAAGAGCGAGCAUUCCGCAGCCCUGGUCUUACUCGGGAAUUUGGGGACCACUCCUUGCCUUCGGAAUUCUGCUUUGUAUCUUUAUCAUAUUGCAAUACUACCAGAAAGAUCAGGCAAUUGUUCCAGUUCGCAUCCUCACGCAGCGAACUAUCGCUGCCUGUUGCCUCUUUGAAACCACCGUUUUCCUCGCUACAACGACUAUUGUAUAUUACCUACCCUUCUACUUCCAAUCUGUCAAAGGAUUCAGCCCACAUAAAUCCGGAAUUUACAUUCUUCCGUUCGUCGUCACCAAUUCGCUCUUCGCUUUUGCUGGAGGAGUCGCAAUAUCUAAAACUGGCGUCUACGUGCCGUUCAUGUGGGGUGGCGCCGCAUUAAUGAUUAUUGGAUGCGGUCUCCUCUUUACCCUCAACAUUAAUAGCCCCGAUGCUCAUAUCGUGGGGUACCAGCUUAUUGCGAGUAUCGGAUAUGGACUAUGCGUGCAAGUCCCCUUUACGGCCGUCCAAAUUCUUCCGGAGAAGGAUAUACCUAUUGGAAAUGGAUUGAUGGCAUUCUUUCAGGGACUUGGGGGAGCACUAGCCGUUAGCGCCGCUCAGACCAUAUUCUCCAAUGCAUUGCACAAGCAUUUAGCAGAGAUCCCAAAUAUUAACGUCGAUGUCAUCAUAUCUUACGGCGCAACGAAUUUCGUAUCGAGAAUUCAAGGUAACCUUGUACACGCUGUGCGACAGGCAUACGGUGCAGCUACGAGGGAAGCAUUUAUGCUACCGAUCAUUGGCUCAGGCCUGGCGUUGCUUGCUACUCUUGGUGUCGAAUGGAGGAGGCAUCACGUCCCGAAGUCGAAGGAUCCGGACGAGCCUGGGGUGACGGAGCGGAGAGUCAUAAUUACGGAGUGAAAGACCUGUAAUGCAUUGCCUAUGGCUGGGGUGCUUUGCUACGUACGACUCGGAAAGUCGUUCAUUGAUUAAGAGCAGUCACAACACUGACUGCUCGGCCAAUUACCCGUCACCGGCACACCAGCCCGCACUAUUUAAGCAAUUUUCUCCCACAAUUUGUCCCUACCGCAAGCUACUCGACCUCUCCAACUCUCCAUUCUUGCCCAACCAAGAUAUCUGCGCAGAUUAUUCGCUCCAUGGCGGACUCAGUUGGGGUUAAAAC